ACGCAAUAUGGGUCAGCUGAUUGCCUCAUAUGACACAAUUUUAUUUUCAGUUCUGCAUGGAGUAACUAGAUAGACAAGCUACCGUAAUAUUUAUCAGGAUUAUUUCCAUGCCAGAGGGGAAAGGGACUAUCAUCUGCCACUGACCACAUUUUACUGGAAUAAUCAUUUAGAGUACGAGACGUUUACUUAAGAAAUUGUAAUGCUAGGUUUUUCCCCGAUGUGCUUGAAACUGAUCCGCAGCCUGCAACCGCGCCUGUUUGUCUAGUCCCCGGAUGUCCCGUGGACGUGUUCCGAUACUUCUCUUAAGAGCCCAUUAGUCAGCUAUUUCGCAGAGACAACACAGCAAAUAUGACUCCGGAAGGAAAGUCUCUUCUGAACAUCUUUAUCCUGGGCUUUGGAUUCAUGUUCAUGUUCACGGCCUUUCAGACCUGUGGCAAUAUUGAGCAAACCGUGAUAAAGAGUUACAAUGACACAGAUUUCCAUGGCAGCGGUUACACCAGCAUGGCCAUCAUUUACGGGGUGUUCUCUGCCUCGAACCUCAUCGCCCCGUCCGUGGUGGCCGUGGUGGGACCUCAGCUCUCCAUGUUCUUCAGUGGACUUGUGUACAGCGGAUACAUCGCCAUGUUUAUUCACCCUUUCACCUGGUCCUUCUACACAGCCUCUGUAUUGGUUGGGAUUGCAGCAGCAGUGCUGUGGACGGCACAGGGGAACCUCUUGACGAUAAACUCCACCGAUGCCACAAUUGGCAGAAACAGCGGGAUUUUCUGGGCUCUGCUCCAGUUCAGUCUGUUUUUUGGAAACCUUUUUAUAUAUUUCGAAUGGCAUGGAAAAUCCACAAUAACAGAUAAGGACCGUCAGACCGUGUUCAUCUCGCUCACGGUCAUCAGUCUGGUGGGCAGCUUCCUCUUCUUCCUGAUCCAGCGGCCCGAGCCGGAGGCCUUGCCCCCCGAGACGCAGGACUCCCCGGCCCCAGUCGAGCACUCCGAAAGCAGCUCCGUCGUCGUAGUGCCACGGGGGCUGUGGUCUCAGGCUCUGGAAGCUUUCAAAAAGGCCAUCGAGCUGUCCGUCACCAAAGAGAUGCUUCUGCUGAGUGUGUCCAUAGCCUACACAGGAUUUGAGCUCACCUUCUACAGCGGUGUGUAUGGGACGUGCAUCGGGGCCAUGACGCAGUUUGCAGAUGCCAAGGGCCUGAUCGGCUUGUCCGGGAUUUUCAUAGGCAUCGGAGAGAUCCUGGGAGGGGGUGUGUUUGGGAUGCUGAACAAGAACAGCCAGUUUGGCAGGAACCCCGUUGUGCUGCUGGGGCUGGUGACGCACUACCUGGCGUUCUACCUGAUCUUCCUCAACAUCGCCAGCGACGCGCCCAUCGCUCCAGAGGACGGCACUCACAUGCAGGCCUACAUCACGCCCAGCGUUCCCGUGGCGCUGCUGUGCAGCUUCCUGCUGGGAUUGGGCGACAGCUGCUUCAACACUCAGCUGCUGAGCAUUGUGGGAUACAUUUUCCGCGACGACAGCGCACCUGCCUUCGCCAUCUUCAAGUUCAUUCAGUCCAUCAUGGCCGCGUUGGCCUUCUUCUACAGCAACUACCUGCUCCUGCACUGGCAGCUGCUCAUCAUGGUGGGCGUGGGCUUCCUGGGAACGCUCACCUUCUUCACCACGGAGUGGCUGGUGACGUGUCGGCACCAGGACUCCGACUACGACAGCAUCUGAGCCGCGGCGGGGAGCCAGAGGACCAAUCCGGCGUGGGGGCGGGGGCAGGGGCGGGGGCCUGCCGCACUUAUAUAAACACCCCCCCCAGCGUCACCAGCCCUCCCCGGGGACAAACAUGGCGUCCCGCGGGACAACCCGAGAGGAACCACUUUCUUUUUGUUUUUUGUUUUUUUUGUUUGUUUUUUUUUUUUCCCACACAAAUCCAAAUCCGAGCAAAUCAACGCCGCUCACGAGAUCUCCUUCACACCAUUUUUUCCAGGUUGAUUGUAAAUCAUUUUUCAGGGUCAGCGCAACGCGAUCGGUGUUCUAUGACAAAACAGCCAUGAUUUCGACGAUGAGUAAAAAGUUAAAAUUCACAUUUUGAAAAUGGCCGUCCCCUUCCGCAGGAGAAAAGCAAGAAUGCACUCAUAUGACAGGCACUCAAGUGGAAGACACUAACCACACCUGCUCGUUGUCAGAAAGUAAUAUGCGUCAAAAUGAGUGAGCCAGUUUAAUUUUUAAACUCUUUUAAUUACACCGAAUCUCAUUGCUCAUUAUCAGCAGUGUUGGCUUCUGUUUUUGUGCAGUUUUGGUUCAGGCACUCUGCCAAGGACAAAGUGGUUUCUGAGGCAGGAAACAAGAUGCUGCUGUUAAGGAGUGUAAUGUCAGGAAACAUGAAAAGGCCUUACAUUUUUAUUGGCUCUUCACAAAGUGGCCCAGAGUUUCGAAAAAUCGUUACCAAAGAUUUUUGUUUUUGGUUCAUAAUCUGGCCUGUUGCGUUAGUCCGUUUACUUGUUAACAUGCUUAACAGAACUGGUCGAAUGUUUCUUGAGAUGAAAGCAAUUUGAAUCGAACAACAAAACUGGCCCGGCCUUCAAGAAUGUGCCAAACGACGGCCGUUCCCUCGCUGUCAAAAUGUAGACCCAGGAUGCAUUCAUGUGACGCUUGUGAACUUUUCUCCCGGUUCAUAAAAUUCUGUACGUGUGCGAAAUGCACAAGCAUGACAACGAGGCAGCUGGCUCCUACCUGCACCGGAAUCUUCAGAGUGGGGGCAUUUACUGACAUACCUCUCAUUUCUUUGGAAUGUCUUUCUUUCUUCUUCAUGUUCUCUGGUACAAGAAAUGGCAUAUAGAUUAUGAAACUACAGUGUAGAAUACCCAGUAUACCAGGAUGUCAUGACGCUUAUUUAAUGUCACCCUUUACCUCACAGUGAAAGGUCUUUAUGGUCCUCUGGUUUGUGUAUCACUGAAUGUAGACACAUGUUUGCAUGUUAGAAUCAAUGAGGAUUAUUAUCUGCUGCACAGAAAAUCCGGAAACGAUCUGAUCUUCAGAGAAAAUGUUCUCUUUGAGGCAGUCCUCCAGAACUAGCAGAAGACUUGAAUUCAGUUUCUGGUACAGGUGAAAGGGAAAAAGACACAAUGAAUUGGACUUUGAGGGACUCUGGACAGAUGCAACUUGUUUUAUAAUGAUGUCUGCUCUUGAACUUGAAUGUACAGUACCUUCAGAUUAGCACCACAGUUUUCAUUCUUGAUUUUUAAAAAAUGAUUAUUCAUUAUUCAUUUUUCUCUUUAGUGGCAACAUUUAUAGUAAAAUAAAAUAAAGAACACAAUUUAAACAGAAA